GAGAUGCUCCGUCGCGACUUUGGCGCCGACCCGCUGCUCUUCCUGCUCCACCUGCAGCGCCUCGAGGGGCACUGGGCGCGCGUCCCGAUCCACUUUCGGCCGCAGGCUUGCUUCCUGCCCGCUGACGGCGCGGCCGGCGCCCUCCACUUUGUGGGGCGCUUCGAGGCGCUCGAGGCGGAGUACGGCCGCCUCCUCCGGGCCGAGCCGCGGCUUGCCCGCCACGCACAGCCACGCCUCGGCCAUCACCGGAGGGCGAUCCCGCCGCAGUCGGGACAGGACGCGAGCCGGGAGGCGGAGGCCCGGGCGGCGUGGGAGCAGUCCGCUGAGCUCCGCUCGCUGGUGCGCGAGGUGUACGCGAGGGACUAUGCGCUGCUCGAGCGGUUGCUGCUCGAAGAUCAAGGACAAGGUUGAGCGAUGAGGACGUCGAGGUCACCCGGUCCCCGGCCAGUCUCGCGGCCGCGGGGGGCGGGGCGCCUCCCCGCACCACCCUGGGCCGAGAAGGAGCGGUCCGGGGUCCGGGCGCGUCGCGAACGCGAUGCACGCAGCCGCGCGCCGCGUUCGUUCGGCCGCGAAAAACGCGAUCUACGCGACUAUAGA